CAUCCCAACCCUAACCUGCUCUCCACUGUCCUGGCGACCGUCCAAUGUCACAUUCUCGGAGCAUUCACCCAAAUUCCAUUGUCCUGGAAUUUAUAGUGCGAUGCAGAUAUUGCCUUGAACUAGAAAAGUAGGAAACAUUGAACGCGUAUUUUAUUGUAAACUGAUCCAAUAAAACAAUCCGUCGUCUCCGUGUUAAUGUUUUAAUUUAAAGGUCACGAACAGCAGAACAGCUGCCUUGGUUUUAAGAACUCACUAUUUAAAAAUAAAAAAUGUGGAAAUGAGUGGGAAGUAGUCGGGCUGGAAAAGCGACUAAACAUGCGGAGUCAUUUCCUCUUUGAAGACAACUCAGCGGUCCCCUCAGUUUCUGCUGCUACUGUACUUGCAAAAUAGUGCGCCCUACCGUCUCCAUUGCGCAUGACUGUACGUCGUAAUAUGAAGUAGGCCUCCUGUUUUUCUCCCCAACCCGGAGUCCUCCCGGCCCCCACCGCCUCGAUGUCGAUGCAACGCUCAAGUAAGCAAAACACGGAGGCUGCUGUCGAUUAUUUGGAAAGGUGAGGUGUGGCUCACACGUGAGGAUUUCUCGGUGCCUGGGAGGAGAAGAUCUAAUACAGCUAGUCUGCCUGCAACGAGACAUUCCAAAAAGUUUUUUUUUAACCACCAUGUCUUCCCCGUGGUCUGGUUCCUUCUCAUGACCCCAAUGACCACAACAACAGUUGGGACCAUAGAGUCAGCUUUGACCCAAAACCCUGUCUACAACCCCUGAAAAGACUGACCGAGUGCAUUGGCUGCAUUGGGGUGGUCUUCCAAAUGCCUACCUCACGCCUAAAGAGCAAAUCACUGCAGCCACAGCCCUGAUCAGCAGCCACCAUGACAUCAAGCAUAGGGGAUGAUUGUAGCAUCUUUGAUGGGUUGAUGGAAGAAGAUGAAAAGGACAAAGCGAAACGCGUGUCCCGAAACAAGUCAGAGAAGAAACGGAGAGACCAGUUCAAUGUCCUCAUCAAGGAACUCGGCACAAUGCUGCCUGGCAACACCAGGAAGAUGGACAAGUCCACCAUCCUGCAGAAAAGCAUUGACUUCCUAUGUAAACACAAAGAAAUCGCAGCGCAGUCAGAGUCGAGUGAAAUCAGGCAGGACUGGAAGCCUCCCUUUCUUAGCAAUGAGGAGUUUACCCAGCUCAUGUUGGAGGCUCUGGAUGGAUUCUUUAUAGCAAUAAUGACUGAUGGGAACAUCCUCUAUGUCUCUGAGAGUGUCACCUCACUACUAGAACAUCUUCCAAUGGACUUGGUGGACCAGAACCUUUUAAACUUCCUGCCUAUUGGGGAGCACUCUGAGAUCUACAAGGCACUCUCCACACACGCCAGUGACUCAGAGAGCCUAAGCUCAGAUUACAUGAAAACUAAGAACCACAUGGAGUUCUGCUGCCAUAUGCUGCGGGGGGCAAUUGACCCCAAAGAACCCCCUGUUUAUGAAUAUGUAAAAUUCAUUGGCAACUUCAAGUCUCUUGACAAUGUUCCCAACAUGACAAGAAAUGGUCUUGCAGGGGUGUUACAGCGAUCACUUCAACCUGCAUUCGAUGACCAAGUGUGCUUUGUAGCCACAGUUCGGCUGGCCAAACCUCAGUUUAUUAAGGAGAUGUGUACAGUGGAGGAGCCCAAUGAAGAAUUCACCUCGAGGCACAGUUUGGAAUGGAAGUUCCUCUUUUUAGAUCAUAGAGCUCCGCCAAUUAUAGGCUACUUACCUUUCGAGGUUUUGGGAACAUCAGGGUACGACUAUUACCACGUGGAUGACCUGGAGACACUAGCCAAGUGUCAUGAGCACUUGAUGCAGUACGGUAAAGGGAAGUCAUGCUACUAUCGUUUCCUGACAAAAGGUCAACAGUGGAUCUGGCUUCAGACACACUACUACAUCACCUAUCACCAAUGGAACUCUCGGCCUGAGUUUAUCGUCUGCACACACACAGUAGUCAGCUAUGCUGAGGUGAGGGCAGAACAGCGCAGAGAGCUGGGUAUUGAGGAGGCUAACCCAGAAGUUACUGCAGAUAAGAGUCAGGACUCAGGCUCAGAGUCGCAGUUGAACACGUCCAGCCUCAAAGAGGCACUGGAGCGAUUUGACCGCAGCCGCACACCCUCAACCUCAUCAAGAAGUUCCCACAAGUCCUCAUCACAUGUCUCUGACAACACAUGCACUUCAACAGCCUCCAAGCUACACAUGGACACAGCCACACCCCCUCGACAGUCACUGGCCUCCACCAUGGAUAUGUCACAGCGUCGCUCAUCCAUCAGCAGCCAGUCUAUGAGUUCACAGACCACAGGCCAGAGUGUAACUCCGAGUCUCAUUGCCCAACAACAACAACAACAGCAACAGCAGCAACAACAACAACAACAACAGCAACAACAACAGCAACAACAACAGCAACAACAACAGCAACAACAACAGCAACAACAACAGCAACAACAACAGCAACAACAACAGCAACAACAACAGCAACAACAGCAACAACAGCAACAACAACAACAACAACAACAACAGCAGCAGCAGCAGCAGCAGCAGCAGCAGCAGCAACAACAGCAGCAACAGCAGCAGCAGCAACAACCCCAGCAGCUACAGACAAACGUACAGCCGGUGAUGGAGUUCUCUGCCCAGGUGAAUGCCAUGCAGCAUCUAAAAGAUCAGCUGGAACAGAGGACGAGACUGAUCCAGGCCAACAUCCAGCGGCAGCAGGAGGAGCUGAGACACAUUCAGGACCAGCUACAGAGAGUCCAGGGACAGGGCAUCCAGAUGUUGCUGCAGCAGCAAGGUGGAGCAAUGAAUGUGCAGCUCCCGCAGGUGGGGACGGUCCAACAACAAACAACUACUAUGACCAAUCAGGUCCAGCAAACAACGAUUAACCCCGUCCAUGCUGGAACUCAGCAGCUAACCAUUCAGCAGCAGGCCCCGCCCCCUCAGCAGAACCUGCAGCAGCAGACCAACACCCUUACACAGCCCCAGCGGCAGCCCCAGCAACCUCAACAGGCUCAGCCCCAGACGCAAGGCUCUGUAUCGGCCCCUCUAUACAACACCAUGAUGAUUUCCCAGCCGGGACAGCCCAACGUGCUACAGAUCAGCACCAGCUUGCCACAGAACAACACACAACCAGGCACCGCGGUGGCCACCUUCACACAGGACAGACAGAUCCGAUUCCCAGCAGGGCAGCAGCUGGUGACCAAGCUUGUGACGGCUCCAAUGGCAUGUGGAGCAGUCAUGGUACCCACCUCCAUGUUUAUGGGGCAGGUGGUCACUGCGUACAACCCCUUUGGUGGGCAACAACAGGGAGGGCAAACCCAGACCCUGACUCUGCAACCAGCCCAACCUCAACAAGGCCAGCCCGACGGCCAAAACCAGACUGCUGUAGUGGCACAGAGCGGCCAGCAGGGGCAGCAACAACAGCAGCAAUUCCUACAGGGUACUCGUCUUCUCCAUAGUAACCAGUCUACCCAGCUGAUUCUGCAGGCAGCUUUCCCACUCCAGCAACAGGGCACCUUCACCCAGGCAACCCACCAACAGCAACCACAGCAGCAGCAACAACAGCAACAGCAGCAGCAGCAGCAACAACAACAGCAACAACAGCGGCAACAAACGCAUCAUCAAAGGCACCAGCAGCAGCUGAAACCACAGCCCCAGAAACAGCAGAAAGCCCCAUCAUCGCACAGGACUGACAGUGUCAGCAGCCAACCACAGUAAACUGUGGAGGAAAACAUGUGAAAAACAGAAAACACAGAGAAGUGAAACUCUUAAGAGAUUGCUGCAUCCGUGUGUUUUGGUCGUGUGGCUGUCAACAAAUUUCCUUUUCCCCGAAAUCGCUGCCCUCCCUUUCCUCAAUCUAAAAGAAGUGAAUCAUAGGAAAGAGGAAAGCAAGUGAGUCUUCAAGGAACUCACCAAGAAUUGUCACCGUGGCAACAGGAUAGAUUAAAAUCACCGGAGGUGUAACUGUAAGAGAGCUCCAGUCUCCGUGGAAACCUGACAAGAACACCUUAUUGCCAUGGUAACGGCAGACUUCUUCUUCUUUCCUUUUUUUUAAGGUGUGUUAAAGUGGACUGACCUUGUACAGAUUAACUGUAUGAUAAAAAAAACAUGUAAAUAUCCAAUAUAGCCUAACAGGAAACAGAAAUGUAGUAUUUUAUAUGAUUGCAUGGAAAGAAUAACUGUGUAAGCUUUUAUUAGUCGCUUUUGAAAAUUGAAUUUUUACUUUGUUCAAGUGUUUUCUGGUCAAAGAUGGAGCUGUGACGUGCUCUCCCAGAUCCCCUCCCUCCCCUCUCUUCUCUGAAAAAAAGAGUCCAGAAUACGGCUUUAAACUUCAGUCAGUUUGUUUAAAAAAUGGUUGGGCUUGGGGGUUUUUUUGUUUUGUUUUUUUUCGAGGAAGUUGUGUUUCUAAACACUGUGUCUCCGAGACAGAAAUGCCUCUUUUUAACUUUGUAAGAAAACAUGUUUGGCAAGAAACUACAUUACAGUUUAACUGAAAUCUUCACAGGACGAUCACUGUAUGUAACGGGUUGAGUGAUUCUAAGUGCCAAUAACAUAGUCCAUUAUGUUUUUAUUUUAAGCAGGCUAUUCAAAGGCGUAAAUAUAUUUUCCAACAGGAUAUGACCCCUAAUAAAGUUAAUGCGUGUGUAUAUAGUAGGGAUUAUUUUUUAACAGUCAGAGAGCCCUAUACGUAACAAACAGUAUAUCCUCAACCUCCUGAAACUUUAGCACUUGAUGUGGUUGUGUACAGUAAAUCACUGUCAAGACCUAGUUGUUUGUAAUCUGUGGUGUGAUUCUGUGAGAUAGUGUGUUUUUGGGAAUACAAUCUGUGUGCAUGAGUGGGCAUGGGGGUGUCUGUGGUUGGUGUGUAUGUAUAUGUGUGUGUGCGUGUGUGUGCUUGUUGCCCCUUGUGUCUUACAAUAAUUGACUUAGUAAGGGUUUGAAGUCGCUGGAUGGUACUUGUACUCUCAGGAAUGUGGAAAGUUACUUGCUUCUGCCUCAGUCUGGAACCAGACCUUGAAGGAUUAAACAGUGAUGCUGCAGAAACCAGAGGAAGACAUGACAUAAAGGGUGUUUUGAUUAAAUCAAAUUUGACACAGAUUUCUAAAAGCCUUUAACGUGGAUUGCUCCAUCAAAAUGGUAGAGAAAAAGAAGUCUCCAAAUAGUGUAAAAACUGUUGUUUUUUUUUUGUUAUGAUGGAGUAGAAGUAGAAAAAUCAUCCAGAUUUCAAGAGCUCAUUGUACCAGCAUUUUUACUGCCUCACUAUCUUUGUAGCAUCAAUGUUUAUCCUUCUCUCUAUUCCUAGGCCUCAGAAACCCUCAUGCAGUUCAAUUCCCUCAUCUCUCAGUUCUCUAACAGCAGUUUAAACCAGGGCUGUGCCCAGGGCCAUUUAAAAUACAGAUGGAAAUGGGCUCAGCCCCUUGUCUACAGUUGAAAGCCAUAUCAAACAGAGAAGCCUUGGAUUAGAGGAAGUGUAUUGGUUGGCAAAGGAGCUUUUAGAAUGUGUUGUUUCGUCUCAGAGUAUAGUGAAGACUGUGUGCUUGGGUGUGUGUUUGUGUGAUUUUAGCGUCUCCUACUUGUAUCACUUGGGGGUCAUUAUUGGUUUCCCCUGGCGAUAGCCAAUCAGUUCUUGCGUUGCAGUAUAAAGAAAUAAUUGUAAUAUUCAAGAAACUUCCUCUCCAGUUGGGCUCAGUAUUCUGCAAGCCUGUGUGUGGGACAGCUCAACUUGAAUACAUGUUUGUGCGUGAAAGACAGUUUGUAUGCAUGUUAACCGUCACUGUAACCCAGUAUAUUUUCAUAUGGAAACAGAUGUGCGACUGGAAAAGAAUCUAUGUUAGGCAAUGCAGAGCAUUGGUAACCUGCUAUAAAGAAUAUGGGCAGUUUUAUUGUUUUACAAUGACAGACUGCACAACUAACACUUAUCACAUCGGCAACACACAUCAGACCAGCCCCAAAUAGUAACCCCCUGAGAAUCUUUUAUUAUUUUGAUUGUCAGUAUAUGAGACUAAGCAGAGACUAAUUUUUUUGUGAUUUUGUCCACAAAUAAGAAAAACAAAAUAUUAUUUACAUAGGGGCUUUCUAUUUGAGCCAGGUCUACACCCAUCACCUAGCAAACUUAGAUCCUCCAUAGAUUAGUUUGUAUCUAAGGCAUGACUCUGAAGGGUAUAAUGAAAUGUUAUAGUUUGAGUCACUGAUACCCAGCCCAAAGAAUGUAAAGGUGUUUAAAAGAGACUAAUGGAUGUUGUAACUGUUGAUUCAUGGAAAACCUUUGACAGGCUGUGAUGAAGGAAAACAAGGGGUUUAGCAGAAAAUCAUGUUUCGCACUACAAUAACUCAUAGAAUCUGAAUUACAAUCUUGUUUGCAGGCUUGGCAUUGUAAAAUAACCUCUGAAUGUUUCAACAAACUUUCUGUUUCUGAUUUUUCAACAAUUUUCUGAUGAAGGGUUUGAAAAAGUUGAAAAGCUGUUAAAAGGUGAGGUGUAGGAUAUUCAAAAUUGGUCACCAUGGCCAGGACAAGUGAGGCCCCUUCCUCCCAUCAUAGAGAUACACAGAUCACCUUUCCACCACACAGUUUGGUUCUAAAGAGUUCUAGUUCCAGUAUAAUACUGUACACAUACACAAAGCUAAAAACACCAGUAUUCAUUGUAAAACGGUGCUAUGCUUACCUGUACUGUAUGUAUGUAUGUAUGUAUAUCCCUUCUGCUCUUGAACUGUGCUCCUUUAUCUACCCCAAAGUCAAAUGUAAUAAUAAUCAAUAUUUUGAAGCAAAAAUGUUUGCAAUUAUUAUAACCCCCCUUUACCCUCUUGGUCAAUUUGAAAAUAAAAACAGUUGCAAAUAUUAUACGUGA